CGAUAAUAUCUCAUAUUUGUUGAUUUAUUACGAAAAAUAAUUAUGCCUAGUUGAUUAUUCUUAUUGACUUAAUUACAAAAUUGUCACUUCAUUUAUAUUUUUUGUAAAUCGAGACUUUGCUUCUACUUGUGCCUAUGAUCUACUCCAUUAAAUUCACUCUAAAAUCUUACAAGCGUUCUUUCUCAAAAAAAAAAAAAACAAAAAAAAAACUUACAAGUGUUCUUGAGUAAAAAUGGCUGGUCCUUUUAAAAAAAACAAAAAUAAAAUAAAAUAAAAUAAAAGACCUAAAAAUCUAAUUCCAAAAUUUCGAUGUUGUUUGUGAAUGUGAAUGUUUUGGCUUCUCCCCUGCCAAAAAUGGCGUCGUUAUGCUCCCUCCGAUUCCACUCUCUCUCUUCUCAGCAUCGAAUUUGUAGCAAUGGCAUUGGAAUUGAGCUUAGAACUGAAUUUGGAUUUGAUUGUGCCAAUUUCAAGCUCAAUCGUCCCUCAAAUCAUGGCGGAAAGCUUGUGUUAACUGCUUCUACUACCGAUUCCACCGUUUCGACUCAGUCCGAUUCUGGUCGAAGUGAGCGAAACGCGUUCAAUUUGGGAAAAUCUUUCCAGAAACUUCAACAAGCUGUUGCUUCUCUUCCUCCUGUUGUUGUCGUGAUCAAUAAACAUUCUGGAGCAAAUUUAAUACUUGGAUUUUUUAUUGCAACUACAUGCCUGAUUAUUGCUGUGAGAAUUUAUGUGGCAAGACAGUUGAGGGACACUAGUCCUGGCUCUGUGGCUGAUCUUGUUAGACGUGGCCAGCUCAGAUCUGAUAGAAGAGGCAUCUCCAAACCUCUCAAAUAUGAAGACCCAUUCAAUAAUCCUCUGGUCAAAGUAAGCAACAGUAAUACUUCAGUAGAGAUGUGUGGAACGGUUUAUCGGUUGGCCCCUGUAACUCUAACAGAAGAACAGCGAGCAAUCCAUCAGAAAAGGAGAUCAAGAGCAUAUCAGUGGAAGCGCCCUAAGGUGUUUCUUAAGGAAGGGGAUGCAAUUCCACCUGAUGUUGACCCUGAUACAGUCAGGUGGAUUCCAGCAAAUCAUCCUUUUGCAACUACUGUUAGCGAUAUAGAUGAAGACCUUGCACAAAACAAUGUGUAUCAAAAGCAUGGAGUUCCAUUUCGCAUCCAGGCUGAGCACGAGGCGUUGCAGAAGAAGCUGGAGGCCUUGCAGGGUGAGCAAAAAUUCAACAAGUUAGUUAUUGAUCCUGUGAAUGCCAAAGAUUUUGAAAGGGCCUUCAGGACUCAGUCAAAAUCACAUGAUCGUGCAGAGAGCGGGACUCAAAAUGGCCAACUGAAUGAGUCUAAACCUCCCAAAUCAGAUCCUCUUCCCGAGAAUUCAGACAGCAAUGCAGCUUCUCCCAAAGAUGAAGUCUGAGUAUGACAGGCGCUAUUAGCAGCUCGCCAAUUCUAUUCCAGACCAAGUGUUUUAUUCUAUUGCAAAAUUUUGCAUGUCAGAGUUGAAGCAUUUUAUAGUUCAUACAGCAGUGUACAUAAAUACUCAUUUAAGUUAAAAAAAAUUAGUGGCCAUUAUUCAAAA